GCCGCCAAAGGCGCAAAAACGUGUGAAGAGGACGCAGAGUCGGUCACGUCGUCAGUUUUCCACACGGUGUUUCCCUAGGCAAUAAGCCCCAAACAUGUUCGACUCGAAGAUUAAGGUGCCCAAGUACGACUCGGAUGCAUUCGAUAAUGUCGAGUAUCAGCUGCAGAUGACCUACACCCUGGAGACGGAUCGUCGGAUCAUGAGCUUUUACGAUGCCAUGUGGGGCAUGGAGGUAACUGGCGGCAUAGAUCAGUUCGAGCCGCUGACCAUUGUCAAUGUCUCGCCGACGGGUCUGGCCAAGCGCGGUGGCAUGCGUAUUGGGGAUGAGAUAACCCAGAUUAACGAUGUGCCCGCAUUGGAGCUGACCUUCAACGAGGCAUUGCAGCUCUUUCGCAGAUCCUCCCGUUAUGUGCGCGUCUUUGUGCGUGGUGAUGAUGAUGCACCCGGUGAGGAGGACUGGACAUGCGAUUGCUGGUUCAAGCCCCGCAAGCCCUGGCGACGCGACUUUACGCCCAUACAGUGGACCUUCCCGUGGAACGAUCGCCGCAAGCCCGUCUACAAGGAGUCCAAUUGCUUUAUGGUGCCCAGCAAAAUGGAGGAGAAGAUUAGAGCGCGUCGUGCGGCAACCUCGGCGGUGCACAAGAAGGAGGAUGCGGCGCCGCACACGCGCUCACUGACGCCCACGCCCAGGCCCAAGAACCAGCCCGGACCCAAUCUGCUCGAGAGCGUGCUGCGUCCACGCGGCCCGCCGCCCAGGGAUUAGCUAGCUCACAAAUACAAACAGCGGCAUGAACAUAUACAAUAUACGUAUGUAAAUAUACAUUGAUACGCAGGCAGCGCGGCUGGCGCUGCAGUGCGUCCAAACUCAGCUGCGCCCAGACAGGCAACUGGCACUCGGUUCAGUCAGUUGAAGUGUCACAUGGAAAGGUGUUCCCAUUAGAGAUGGGCGCGUGUUGGACCUGUGUUCCAACACGACACACGAAACGCACGAUUUUUGAUUCAUUUUUUAUUUUGAAUAUAUUUGGAUUUGGGAAAUACUAUUUUAUUUUAUUUUUUAAUUUGUUUUUAGAUUACAAAUUUAAAUAGAUAUUUUUUCCAUAUGCCAUAUGCCAUUAAUUUCCGUGUAAUGUCGUGUUCAUGUGUGCUGAGUCGUGCGUGUUCGUGUCACGCGCCCACCUCUAGUGCACCUUUUAUUUAUAUAAUUUGCUUAGCUUAGCGAAGCGAUUAAAUGUGCCGAAUUUCUCCUAGCGAAUCAAUUGCUCACGGCAACUUAAGAGGUAGCUCGACCAAACAGCUCGCCAUUGUCGAGUAGACAGCUGCCAUGUGGAAUUGGGUGAUAUUUGUUAACCUUUGGCUUCUGCUGGUCCUGGAUGAAAGCUGGGCGCAGCGGCAGGUGCCCUGCCGUAACCCGAUUUAUAAAUCCUGUCAUCAUUAUUGCAAGGAAAGUUGUCCAAGAGAGGGCGCCGAUUGCGUCUACAACUGUGAAAGUAACUGCGGCUGCAAAACAGCAUAUUUGCAGCGCAAUAAUGGCGGUUGUUUCAGAGUGCAAAAAUGCAAAAUCGAUGAUAAAUCAAUGGAGCUAUUUAAAGUGUUGCCCGCGCCGUGCAAGGACAAACUGACGGAACCCAAACUAGCGAAUGGCGAUGAGAUAUUGAAUCUACUUGAAUUCGAGCCGCUAGAUCCCCACGGAAAAUAAUUGUGGAUAAUGAAUAAAUAAAUGAUCUAUAUACAUGUUUGCAUGUCCAGGCA